AUGGGCUUUCGUUGUUUCUUCGAUAUUUUGGUCAUGUCGCCCAUCAUUUUCUUGGCAGCAGUUGCUGAUACCGAGCUUCCAAUCGAUCAAGAAGAAGCUAUUGCUGAUGCCGAGUUCGCGGAUUACAAACGCUACUUGGACAAUUAUAUAAAGGAAACUUGUGGCGACGUGGGGGUCUGUCAUCUACCGGCGGGCGUAUGCCAAAAAGCAGCGGAGGAAUUGCAGCUCCAAUUCCAUGCGAGAAACGUUACGAAGGUGCGCCGUGUUGCACAGUUGCUCGUCGCCGUCAAGACCCCAAAGUAUUUCGCCUGCGGCGCGCGAGCGGUCUGCCGGACCUACACGACCAGAGCCUGGAUGACCAUCAACAUGUGGUGGGGCAGCUCGCAUAUGUUGACGAAGACGGAAAUUGACGAUUGGAUGGUGAAGACCAAAGAUGGAGCCGGGUUGAUCGAGAGGUUCCGCGCAAAGAUCUUCUCUAAAGAGCAAACCGAGUUCGAUCGAUACAAGCCAUCGGAAUUUGACCUUGGUCUGGCCGACGAUGUGAUGCCGGCAUACACCGUGUGGAUCUGGCAAGACAGUGAUUGGAAGCAAGAAUGCAGAGGGGAAACGGCCUCGGCCCCAGAACUCGGUGGUCAAAUCAGGCACCUGGAAUGGCAUGACAUUCAGAACCGCCUCAUUGUUAACGAGACCUACUGCGAACCCAUCGUCGAUGCCGAAUUCGCCGAGUACAGGGCCUUUCUAGACGUUUAUAUCAAGAAGGCUUGUGGCAAACAGGCCCUGUGCCACCCCACCAUGGAUUUAUUCCAAAAGAUAGCUCAGGAGUUGCAGUCGCAAUUCAAUGCCAAGAAUGUCACAAAUGUCCGCCGAUUGGCUCAGGUGCAUUUGAGCGGCGGGUUCGUGCAUUUCGCUUGCGGUCGCCGCGGAAUCUGUCGAACCUACCGGAACAGAGCCUACCUUAUGAUCUAUUUUUGGUGGGGCAACGCCCGUAUGUCGACCAAGCCGGAAAUUGACGAUUGGAUGGAGAAGACAAACGCAGGAUCCCGACUCGUUGAGACGUUCCGCGAGGAGGUCUUCGACAAAAAGACUGGCUGGUUCGAAGACAGCCAAUACGAAACCGAAAAAUUCGACGUGGGCCUGGCUGACGAGGUGAUGCCGGCCUAUACUGUGCAACUUUGGAAAGACACGGAUUGGAGCAAAGUGUGCGAAUGGUCCACCGUAUCUGCCCCGGAACUUGGUGGGCAGAUCAGGCACUUGCAGUGGCACGACGUUCAACGGCGCCCUGUUUUUGAUGAUACCUACUGUGUCGAAUUCUCAUUCUUCUUC